GAGGAGGCUGGGCCAAGCAUUUCCUGCCUGCUCUCUCAUUGGGCCCCACUCCCCCACCACCAACGGGGCACCCCACUCUACAGACUGAUGUCUGAAGGCGCGGGAUGCCAACACACACCUACACCCAGAAGUAUCCCUCCAUGGUGCCGGCCUCCACCAGCACCAGACAUGUCCAGCCUCCAAGCUCUGUGCUCCGGCCUGCCCCUGCGGCCUCUCCCUGAGAACCGAGGGCGCUGGGCUGGGGUGCCUCAUGCCCCCAUCAGGACCCCUGGCCUCAGCCCUGCAGAGGAACAGCUGGCCCUGAGGAAUGCUCUGCGCUACUUCCCCCCAGAUGUCCAGAAGGUGCUGGCCCCCGAGUUCGCCCAGGAGCUGCGACGGUACGGGCACAUCUACAUGUACCGCUUCAGCCCCAGCAUUGAAAUGAGGGCCUACCCCAUCCAGCAGUACCCGUGCCGGAUGCGAGCCGCUGCCGCCAUCAUGCACAUGAUCAUGAAUAACCUGGACCCUGCCGUGGCCCAGUUUCCCCAGGAGCUUGUGACAUACGGAGGAAACGGACAGGUGUUCAGCAACUGGGCACAGUUCUGGCUGACGAUGGCCUACCUGGCACAGAUGACGGAGGAACAGACCCUGGUCAUGUACAGUGGUCACCCCCUGGGCCUCUUCCCCAGCAGCCCGGCCGCCCCCCGGCUGGUGAUCACCAACGGCAUGGUCAUCCCCAACUACUCCUCCCGGGCCGAGUACGAAAAACUUUUUGCCUUGGGCGUCACCAUGUAUGGCCAGAUGACAGCGGGGAGCUACUGCUACAUCGGCCCACAAGGAAUCGUCCACGGCACAGUGCUCACCAUGUUGAAUGCCGGCCGGCGCUACCUGGGCCUAGAGGACCUGGCGGGGAAGGUGUUUGUCACCUCAGGACUGGGUGGGAUGAGCGGCGCCCAGGCUAAGGCUGCUGUCAUCGUGGGCUGCAUCGGAGUGAUAGCAGAGGUGGAUAAGGCGGCCCUCGUGAAGCGUCACAAGCAAGGCUGGCUGAUGGAGGUGACAGACAGCCUGGACCACUGCAUUCAUAGACUCAGGGAAGCCAAGAAGAAGAAGGAAGUGCUCAGCCUUGGUUACCAUGGCAAUGUGGUGGAUCUUUGGGAGCGCCUGGUCCAUGAAUUGGACAUGACAGGGGAGCUGCUGGUGGACCUGGGCUCAGACCAGACUUCCUGCCACAACCCGUUCAAUGGUGGUUACUACCCUGUGCAGCUCGGCUUCACAGAGGCCCAGAGCCUCAUGGCCUCCAACCCCACUGCCUUCAAAGGCUUGGUCCAAGAAAGCCUGAGGCGGCAGGUGGCAGCCAUCAAUAGGCUGGCCCAGGAGAACUUCUUCUUUUGGGACUACGGCAACGCCUUCCUGCUGGAGGCCCAGCGAGCAGGAGCGGAUGUGGAGAAGCAGGGUGCCAACAAGACGGAGUUCCGCUACCCCUCCUACGUCCAGCACAUCAUGGGGGACAUCUUCUCCCAGGGAUUCGGGCCUUUCCGCUGGGUCUGCACAUCGGGGGACCCGCAGGACCUGGUGGUCUCGGACCAGCUGGCCACCUCUGUGCUGGAAGAGGUCAUCACAGGCGGAGUGAGCCCCUCUGUGAAGCUGCAGUACAAGGACAACAUCCGCUGGAUACGGGAGGCCGCCAAGCACCGUCUGGUGGUGGGCUCCCAGGCAAGGAUCCUGUACUCAGACCAGAAAGGCCGAGUGGCCAUCGCUGUGGUCUUUAACCAAGCCAUUGCCUGCGGGAAGAUCAAGGCACCUGUGGUCCUGAGCCGGGACCACCAUGAUGUGAGUGGCACAGACAGCCCCUUCAGGGAGACCUCCAACAUUUACGAUGGCUCUGCCUUCUGUGCUGACAUGGCUGUGCAGAACUUCGUGGGCGAUGCCUUUCGUGGUGCAACCUGGGUCUCUCUUCACAAUGGCGGUGGUGUUGGCUGGGGUGAGGUGAUAAACGGGGGGUUUGGCCUGGUGCUGGAUGGGACCCAGGAGGCUGAGCAGAAGGCCAAGAUGAUGCUCAGCUGGGAUGUUUCCAAUGGAGUAGCCCGGCGCUGUUGGUCUGGGAACCCUAAGGCCUACGAGAUCAUCCGGCAGACAAUGCAGGAGAACAAGGGCUUGGUGGUGACCCUCCCACAGGAGGUGGCAGAUGAGAGUGUGCUCCAGCAGGCCCUUCGGUCCUAAACCCUGAAGCCAGUCCUGGAGGUCCCCUCGACUCCUUCUUCCUCUUCUGUCCCUGCCUUCACUCUCACUGUCACACAGCACCCGCCACUGUGCACACACAUCCUCAUUUGGCUCUCACAGCACCCUGGAGGGGGUGCUGCUACUGUCACGGAUUUACAGACGAGCUGGUUAAGACCCAGAGAGAAUGGGUCAAUUGUCUGUGACCGUGCUGCUCUGCUGGGAAUCUUGGAGAAAUCCUGUUCAUGCUGAAUUGCCCAGAAGGAAACUACAGGAGCUUUGGUGCUCUGCAUGGGCCUGAACUGGCAGAGCUGAGCAUCAGCCGCUAUCAUGCUGGCAGUGUCCUCUGAUCUGAGAAUAAUUAUGAUGAAGCUCUACUUUUUUUUUUCAUUGCUUGUACUUUUGAUUUCAUAGCUAAGAACCCAGUCUGAUCCAAGGCCACACAGAUUUGCACCUAUGUCGUGUUCUGAUCGUUUUACGGUUUCAGCUCUUCCACUCAGAUCUUUGACCCUGUUUUGAGUCCCUUCUUGUGUCUGGUGAGAGGGCUCCAGACUCAUUCUUGUUCAGGUGGAUAUCUAAUUGCUGGAGUACUAUUUGUUGAAUAGACUAUUCUUUCCUCCACUGAAGGGUCUUAGAACAGGUUUUUUUUUUUUUUGCCAGAAACACAUAUGUACAUCUAUACACACACAGAUGGCUCUUUCCAGUAUUAUUGAUGUACUUUAAGAGCACUUUCAAUAAAAAACAUUCAUCUGCCCAAUAA